AGAUAGCGGUCAUGUGAAAACUCUCAGCUGCCAAGUUUGCACAUGUUGGGCUGCUGAUAAAGUCAAGGGGAAGCUAGUGAGGCAAACUUGUGAGAAACUGAACCUUUCUGCUCCCCGAGCACUUUAUGACACCCUCCUCAUUGGUCUGCAGCUUCCGUAUUUUGUUUCCUGUCCAGUAAAAUGGGCUGUCAGAACAGUUUUGGCUGUGAGAAGGAAGAAUUUCCUAAAGCAGUUCAAACCGCAGGCAUUGCUUCAUCAGAGACAGAAGUUUUGUCACCGGGCCUCCACUCUGCAUUUCCUCCCAUCGUCAUGACAGUCGUGAUAGCCUUCUUGCGACCAUUUCUCUUCUUUGAGCUUCUUAGGGCAGCUCAACUUUCUGCGUUAGAGGCCCAUACUGUAAAGCCGACCUUGCCGACCACAGCCAGUGAUGUGGAGGCUGGUGGACCCUGGGAGACGUCCCAACCAAUGUUUUCUACGCAUGCAGAAAUCAGUCCAGGUGCCUUCUUGGAAUGUGAAACCUGCUUUGCCACGGACAGCAGCUGCGAGGGGGUGAUGGAGAGAUGUGAUGACGGCGAGGACACCUGCGCCAUCUUCUUGCAUGAAAUGUCCGAAGGUGAAGAAACCAGGUUGAGGUUUGCCAAAGGCUGCUAUGCGUCACAGUACUGUGGCUCUAGACCAGUUUUUGUGACGUUCGGCAAAGGAAAAUUCAUCAGGAGAAAUAUCGUCUGUUGCCAAAGCAACGACUGCCCAUUGGCUUCUCCCCGAGUGUCCCCAUGGAACACCACUGCCAAUGGAAAGCGAUGCCCAGGCUGCUAUUCUCAGUCACACCCAUGCCCUGCAGGGGAGGUGAAUUGCACUGGAGCGGAGGACUAUUGCUUGAAUUUGAUGGGGCUAAACGAUGCUGGAAAGACCACCAUCGUGAGAGGCUGCACUACACAGCCCAUCUGUGCCGGAUUACAAAGCGGCCAACUGGACCUGCAGGCCUUCGAAGUGGAGGAAGCCAGCGUUGAGUGCAGGCGGGCUGGCCAGACCCCUCUGCUGCCUCAGUCCCUCCUCCUGGCUCUCUCCUGCCUCCUGCUCACGGAGGUGCUCCUGUGAUGCAUCUCAGCACCAAAGAAUGCUUCCUUCCCAUUUCCAGGAGGAAGAUGCCUUCCUCCGAAAGGCCAGGCCAAAGCAAGAGGAGCUGGAGGAGCUGUGUUCGGUGUGGCCUUGUUGCUCCAUCCUGUCUGCACGGCCUGUCAGGAGCCCUCCGGGGUUUGGACUGGAACAUGGCUGCCCUCCGGCAGCCCUACUGGAGCCUCUAGAAAUUGAAUCUGGGAGUCUUUCGCAUGCUGGGUGCCUGUUCUCGCCCAUGGCUAUGUGGUGCAGUGGAGCCCAGUUUAGCCGCCAGCAUCUCAGCUCAGCCUGCCUAAGGACUAUGAAAGCGUCAGCCAGUCAGCGCAACCAGUGCUGCAUCAAAUGGGCCAUGUGGGGGCUUGGCAAAGGCGGCUUCUUCUGCCCCCUCAUUUAGCAUUGGCCUUUCAGAAGGAUUUGCCUUUCUUUGCCUUUCUUCUUCCUGGAAGUAUCUCAGACAGCAAUGUGAGGUGUGCUGCUGCUGCAGGAAUCCAUCCCUCUCUGGUUUUAUGUUCUGAGAGGCUGGAGGUCCACCAGACCCACCGUUGGAAGCGAGGUUCUCUGGGCUGCUUCUGAUGAAGUUCCUGCGGGCAGCUGCAUGCGGUUACUUUGACCCUGCAUUGAGGGAUGUCCUCCGUCAUCUGCACUUAUUCUUCAUAUUCUUUUGGAGGAAUGAUUACUACCACCACCACCACCAAGUGAAAAUAAACACCAGACUGACAUGGAAUGUGGACAUAUAACAUGGUUUUCGUGGACUCUGAGUUCCAGUGUGCUUUUUCCUUGGGUCAGCUGGUUUAUAGAUCCUGUUCUUGGUUCUGGGAACCAAGUUCAGCCCUGUUGGUUUGAGGGGAACCAAAAGCCACGUAAUGCAUUAUGUGGAAUUCUAUUGCUUGACAUUCAGUUUUUAUCUCAGUGUUGAUACCACUGGGGAGAAGGAUCCUUUCCCCCUCCCUGGGGGGCGGGGGCGAACAGGUGGCCCUUCCAAUCUCUGGAAGGCCAUUGGUCCCAUCCUGUGCCACCCAAGGGCUUUGGAUGAAAUGAAGGUGAAGGGGCCAUGAUUGUAACAGAUUCUCCGGAUUUGCUGGCUUGUUGUUCACAUGUGUUGCUCCUGCUGCCUCCCAUAAAAAAUUCUGCAUCAAGUUA